AUGAUGUCAGGCGUCUAAACCUCGGAACAUACGGGACAAACUGGGCUUUUAAAUCACACUGGACCGCACUGAAAUGAAGUCUGGUGAUAACAACCAGACGGAGGAAGUUAAAGGAACCAUGUUGACCAAGAGAGUCCGGUCAGAGUACAUGAAGAAGUUCAGGGAUCCUAAGUGGGAGACGUUUUCCAAAUGUUACGAGGACUCAGUGAAGUACCGCCUGACCCGGAGAGUCAUGGAGCAUUCCCACAAGUCCUGGUUCUUUGAGGGCUGGGACAACAGCUCCGAGUCCAGCGGCUGGUCCACGCCCAGGCCCAGCAGGAACAGAAUCGCCCCUCUGUCCCUCCCAAAGCAGAAGAUAUCCAACCCCGAGACAAAAGAGACGUCUGAGGACAGGGAGACGGAGACGGGGGCCGGGGAGACGGUCGUAGACGCUGCUCCACUCGCAG